GAAGGAUAUGGAGAAUUUGGGACACCCUUCAAACCGUAUUCAUGUCUAUGAAACCUUUCAACACGGACGCGUAUGUGAUGGGCACAAGGGCGGAACAAGGGUGGAAGUGCGAGUAUUCGGACCAGGGUUACCUUUAGAUGGCAGUAACACACCUUUAUGGAUGUAAUCUGCGAUUAAACUCCCCAGAAGAAGAUCCCAGUCGACGUAUUCAUACUAUAGUUUAUGGCAGACGUGGCAAACGAUCGACGUCUUUCAACUGGCCGAUCACAUAUUUGUUGAGCACUUCCGAAACAGCACACUGAAUCUGGACUAAAGUUGAGCUUUGUAGCAAAGAAGAUGAUGGAAGAGAGUGGGAUUGAGACAACGCCUCCUGUGAGCCCAACACCUUCAUCACUCACUGCCUCAGCCAGCAAUCCACCACUCACCAGUGGUCUGUCAAGUCAGCAUUCUCUCUCUGGAACCAGCUCUAUCACAAAUUGUUCAACUUCCGUCUCUAACCCUCCUCCAUCCAUUGAUUCCCUUCCUCACUUCAGUAGCUCUUUGACUACGCCAUGUUCAAUUCUCUCCCAGUUGCCUCCCUCGUCAACUCUUGUCUUACCUUUCCCUACCAGUUCUACCUUCCUUCCUGUGGAUUCCCCCCCUUUGCCUCCUCUACCUUCUUCUGUUAGUCCACUCUCAGCAGCUGGUAUAGCUGCCUCUCCUGUACACCCACCCAUGACAGGGUUCUCUACAAGUGCUGGAUACGACAUAACACGGGGUCAUGCUGGACGAACACCACAGACGCCCUUGAUGCCUACAUUCUCUAAUGCUUCUCCACUGCCAGGUGUUGUUUCUAACACCAUCUAUAAGCAUUCAGCAGUGACAGGAGGACUAAAUACUGGAUCUCCAAUUACUUUCCCAGAGGAGGAUGAGGACCCUAGAGUGUCUGAAGACACCACUUCCCCAAAAGGGAUCUGGGGUUUUUUAAAGGGAGUAGCAGGUAAUCCUGUGGUAAGGAACGUCCUAAAUAAAACCAAACACUCAGUAGAGUCCAUGAUCACUACUCUGGACCCUGGCAUGGCACCAUACAUCAAGUCAGGUGGAGACAUUGACAUUGUAGUGGCUUCUGAUAAGGACAUGAGCGUGCAAGCUGUAAGAGAGGCCUUCCAGGAGGUUUUUGGGAUGGCAACGGUCACUGGAGAGCCAAGUCAGUCCAACAUUGCCCCUCAACCAGUGGGUUAUGCAGCUGGAGCUAAGGGGGCCCAAGAACGCAUUGAUGGCUUGCGUCGAGCUGGUGUGAUUCAUGAGAAGCAGCCUGUAGUCGCUUUGGAAAACUUCAUAGCUGAACUUUUUCCAGAGAAGUGGUUUGACAUUGGCUGUUUAAUCUUGGAAGACCCUGGUCAUGGCAUCUGUGUGGAGGUCUUCACACAAGCAACUCCUCUGACACUGGAACACAUUCAGCAGGCUCAUUCCCUUACACCGCCUGACUACAGCCUGCGUUGGUCCGGCCUGGUCGUUACAGUGGGAGAGAUCUUGGAGCGCAGUCUGCCGAACAUCAGCAGAACAGAUUGGCACAAGUCUGUAACAGGAUUAAGCCAACAUCAUAUAAUCCAAUGUGCAGCCAAAGUUCUUGCUGGACUUUACAAACAGCAGCUGCUUCCCUGGACUGAGUGAGGCUGACUGGUAACAGAUUCCAUAGGGACACAGAAGCGGCCAUGAAAGCUACUUUUGGAUUAGAUGUAUCCAUUUGUGCCCACUGAGUUUUCUAAGUGUGUUUUUAAAUGCCUGCAAGAUUUCAACAAAGUCUUGUUUUUCUGUAUUGUGUUAUGAAAAGGUUCCCACUAUAUUCUGACAGUGUAUUCAUUUCUUUACUCAUUAAUGCAUGUCAUUGGCCGACUUUCCUGUGGUAGCACAGAAAGUAUUGCAGAGUGCAAUGCUGGGUCUGUCUUGUAUUUUCAAGGCAUAGCCCCUUACAAAACGAUAAUUUUCAAAUGUAAAUACAAAGCUGAAUUUCUCCUACAGUGGUUUUCAUAAAGUUGUUGAAUGGAAAAUAAAUCUGCUUUUUUUUCUGCAGGCUGCAGGAUUUCUUUUUUUGUUUUUCUGCAAUGUAGAUUUAACAGAUGUCUGUUAAAGUCUGAUCAAAUUAUUCUCCAUGCAUUGCAACAUUGAAAUGUUGCAAUGCUGUGAUGUGAUAAAUGAUGUGGUAAAUGUAUGAGCACAAAAAUACAUGCAGAAGUUAAAAUUGGAAAGUUGAUUCUGAGGCUACCAUGGUUCUUAAGUGUAGUAUAAGGCCAGGAAUUAUCUACUCUUUUCAACUUUGAUGCAACAAUAUAUUUUUUAUUUGUCAUCGUGCAAAGUCCAGGCUGAUGAAACUUACCAAGGCCCUACCCAAGUCACAAGAUAGGCCAUUCAAAAUUCUUGGUGCCAAAGACAUCACUUGCAUUCCUUAAUUUUUUAUUUUAUCUCUUUCCAGCAGAAUGUUUAUUUAAAAACAUAAACCCAAAGCCUUACAACUGUUUUUAAAUCCUUCUUUAUUUUAAUGUGCAGAUUUGAACUGUUGUUGAAAACGAAGUAUAUUUUAAAAAUUUGACUCAUGUAUGCAUUGUAUUAAUGUACAUUAGCAUUUUCCUCUCCAGCAUUAAAAAUUAAUGGUUGAGGAUUGUGUACAAAUAAUUGACCAUUAGGACAAGGUUUGUUGUUUUGUUUGUUUCUUUAGAAGACCCUAAUACUUCAUUUGCUCAUUUUGGCUACGUUCACACUGCAGCCUGAAGUAACCCAAAUCCAUUUUUUUGUGAAAUCAGAUUUGUUAUCUUAGAAAUAGAAAUUAUUGUGACAAUAACAGUUAACAUGUAGAUACUUGGGUGUGGUACUAACAGUUACUUAAAGAGUUGCUUUCGAAUUUUCCCUCUGCCAACACCUUCGGGGGAAUUGAUCAGAAUCAGAGGGGAAGAACACAGAAAGACCAAAUAAUAGAGUAGAAAACAAGAUGAGAGGAAGAUCUGGCAGCAACAUUUUUGCAAGACAAGAAUAUGGAAAUGGAAGCAAUAAGCCUUCCUUGUCUCAGCUUUUUUUUCUUUAUAACACUUUUUGUUAUAAGGGAUUUUUAUUAUUGUGGGUCUGAAUGUUUCUCUGUUUUAUUGGCACAAUAAGAACAACUAUAUGUGGGGGGAUUUCCUCAAUGUGUCUGUCCAGGAUAUAUGUAGAUUAAAUGUACUUGUUUGCUAACGGUUUAACCAAAACAUUAGUGAUGUGUCGGCUUCAGCUACUAGAGUUGGUCUUGUGCAAAAUUCUGUUCUGUGAAAAUCCGGCCCCCCGUGUCGGGAGCGCGAACUGCAGCCAGAGAGGCGGAUCCGUUCAUUUUCACGGCGCUUCUGAUCAAUUUCUCGGUAAAACAACUCAUAUAAUCAUGUCAAGGUUGUAACACUCAGAUUAAUCAGCAGCUGCUGCUUAAAAAAGAAACAAUAACAAAAUUGU